AUGAAAACUGAAGGGGCCCGAGUGUUUUAUAGAGAAACCGAUGAUGCAAACAUAGUAAACCUCGCCCAUAAUGAAGUCAAUAUCCAAUAUCGAUAUGGGUCAAAGUUUAGAGUAAAGAGUGUUGUAAUUAUCACAUGGGAAGGAGGACGACCGUACGGUUCUGAAUCCGAUGGCAACAUUUUCCAAUUAGCUUUAAUUGUCGGUGACUCGAUGACAUUCGCUCAUAUUGUCUACAGUAAGCUUAACUCGAAUGACAACGCUGUGGUGGGUACUUUUUUAGUUUCUUCCUAUUGUUGCUUGCUAUUUGAUCGUCUACUGCUUCUUGAAUAUAUUUUGCUAUUUCAGGCUGGGUUCUCCACGUUAAACACAUCCUAUUCCCUUCCCGAUUCAGCUACUCAUGAUGCUCUACUCUUAUCUGAAAAAAGCGAUAUUGGUAUUCCAGGAGAAUGGCUUUUCCGAGUCGAUGAAACUCAGGUGGGAAACGUUUUUCAAUAACG